AUGGGGGAUCCCGAACCGUUCAAUUCUUCUGACAUCGAGUUCUCUCCGGUGCAGAAGCGAUAUGCCAAUGCGGGCGCGGCGAGUAUCGCCUCCAUGAGGGAUCGGCUCUUUGAAGACCGGAUCUCCUCAAAGAAGAGGGUGCGGGGCCUGACGGAUGUUCGGGGAGCACCCGGAACCCAAUAUGGACGCGGUCUCUGGCUGAACCGGUUCGAGAACCACGUCAAAGCCACGACGAUGCAGAUCGAUCCACAGACCGGCCCGGACAUCGUCACGAUCCUACGUUUCGUCGAUACCAUUGUCAAACAUAUCCGCGGCCGCGGUGUCGAUGAUGCAACCCCUCUACGCAGCUGUAUCAGGAAGGGGAUCCAGAGUCUCUUCUCGGGUUUAACAUUCGAAUAUCCCAAGUUCAACCUGACGAGGCACGAGUGUACCAAAUUAGAUGCACUCAUUGACACUCUUGCAUCAGAAAAGAAGCUGCUUCGAGGCAAACGUCGGGCGAAGAAUGAAUGGAUUGGUGUGGCCCUUGUCGAAAAUAUGUCCAGAUGUUGGCUACAAGCAGCCCUCGACUGCGGCUGCUUAUCAUGGGAUGUCGUGAUCCAUAGGGCCAUGACCGUCGUUCUGCAAUCCGCCCUGUGUUGCAGGGCAGGGGAGAUAUCAAAGAGCUGCGGAUACACGGUGGAGUUUAUGCGAUGGAGCCAUUUGGUGAUGACGCUUCCACCGGGUCAGAACACGUUGGACGACGUCCAUUUAACUUGCCAGGUGAAUUACAUGAAGGGCAAGAAAGGUGAGAUGAACGACGACUGGGAUGUCCCUCUCAGAACCUUGCGCGAUCCUGCACUCAAUGUUGUCUGCCCGGUCAAGUUACUCCUGAUCCAGGCGCUCCGUUCCGGGAACAUUUCGUCACUCGAUGAUGCUCUAACGCAGGCAUCUCUCCGACGCGAUCGGACGGUCCAGUGGUUGCAUCCAGACCGCCCUGUUCUUCCUCAGCUUCGUAAAUGCAGUGCUUUUAUAGCGUGGGAUGUAGCUGCUGGAGCCGGACAAGUCAACAAGUCAACAAAAGACUUGGCACUCGUGAGUGGGGUCCUGGCGAAUGUGAUCUCUCACGAUCUUCGUCGAGGUGCCUUCAGAGACCUUGCAAAUGCCAAGCCAUCGUCUCAUGACUCGAUUGGCGUGGCUACCAGGGAGGUUGCUCGAGUGGCUGGGCACGCUGCAACAAGCUACCUGAAGGGCACCACGGACAAGUAUGUGGGAGAGGUCGAGAAGGAUACUUACACUGCGAGAGCUGAGCAGAUGUUUGUGAGUAGGAAAACGCCUGCCAUUGGAAGUCCAUACAAGAAGCGCCGACUGACGAAAAGCGAAAUCGAUAACCAUUGCAAGGAGAACAACAUUGAUCCCGCCGACAAAAAUGGAAGACAGAGAGCAGGUGAAGCAAUGCAUCGCCAGAGAAAGACAGACUGGAUUGAGUCAGAGAAGAGUAAGCCAUGGACGCCGUCCAUAUCCUCGCGAACGUCCGUGUCAACUCCAACAACUGCUUCCAGUAAUGCUACGACUACACCUGCAUCUGCGCCUGUCAUGACGCCAACCUCGACAAUUUCUUCAGCGACAACUGCACCAGAUACACCGAUUGACCCACGUCUUCUCCUUCUCGAUGGAGUUGGCGCAACACCAGCCUCGACAGCUUCAUCAGCGACAACCGCAUCAGCCUCACCAAAUGACCAGCAUCUUCUUCUUCUCGAUGGAGUUGACGUGGUUAUAGAAGAUUCCACGGCUCAGAGACUUGAGUCACUGGUAUACGGUAGCGGCGAGGACCUUGGAGGGGAUGAAGAAGCCAUGGGCUUGGAUAUAGUCCUGGGAAAUGCGGACUCGAGCAGUGGGACUAGCAUCCUGACACUCCCCGGGCGAGAAUUUGUUGAAGCAUUGUCCAAAAUCAACAUUGUCCGAUGCCAGCAGCUUGAAAGACACACAUCCACCCUUGAUGAACUCUUCCCAGUUCAUUGUCCUAUGGGGAACGCAAGAGACUAUCCGAGUCUAUUCACAUACAGUUGCGCGAUGUGCCAGGACUAUAGCACUCGGUCGAGAGACAACCUACGCGUUCACCAACACAGCUGUAAGGGCAAGGACGCAAAGGAUAAACAGGAGAAGUUAUAUAUCUGUGACCGCGAGGGUUGUGGAUCCGCCUUUUCAGACUCUAGUACGCUCCAGGGACACAUGGACGGCGUCCAUAGUUGGGAUCCCACAACUUGUACCAUUCCAGGAUGCACUGAUGAUCGAGUGUUUUCAACUCGUGUUACUCUCAAUAACCACAUCACGCAACGCCAUCACCCUAUCGAGCCGGCAAUGCACUGCUCUUUUCCCGGAUGCAAAUCAUCAACGCUUUGGAGCCAAAGACAUAAUUACAAAGAGCAUCUGAAACUCCGCCACCACCUCGUCUCCGCGGCUCUGCAGAAGCCAUACUUACCGCAAAAUGAAUCGUCUCAAAAGGUGUCGACUUCUCGCUUCCAAUCCACCGAAUGUCCUAUCGGGGGUUCACCAGCUUGCAAGAAGAUAUUUAAGAGGCCUCAAGAUUUGACACGCCAUUUGACAAGAUGGACCCAUGGUCUGAGUACGGAGGAGGCCAAGAAGAUCACCCGUGGUGGAGAAAUUGGUCAAGGAGUUCAAGGCUCGGUAGAUGGAGAAGAUGGCUAUUCAGCAGAAGGUGCAUGA